ACUUGGAUUGAAUUCAAGGUGUCGUACCGCUCAGAACUUAGGUUAAGAAGUCGGCUUUUUUUUUCGCAAAUCUUGAUGAAGGUUUUGCGAUAAAGCUAAGACCCCUGUGGAGUUUGCUUUUGUAAGCAGCGAAAAAGAGCUGCCCUUGUCGAGGGUUGUUUUCAGGGGAUUAAGAAAUGGAUGAGAAUAUGAAGCAACUCCAGCAAAGCUUGAUUGAGCUUGAAACUGAAGCUGAACAUUUACUAUUAGCCAGGCACCAGCUGGUUGAAAAUGAUAAAGUGAGAAAUGGGAACAGGGAAGCACUUACUGCACUGAGGAAGAGGGCUCGGACAACAAAAACUAGUGUCCCAUCUCCCUUUGAGUCGAUGAUGAAGAAUAUUGGGAACCCUGCAUCAAGACCUUUGGUAAAAGAGGUUUGUGCUACUUGUGGCAAUCAUGACUCAAAUGAGCAGACAUGGAUGAUGUUCCCAGGAACUGAUGUUUUUGCCAAGAUACCAUUUCAUGCUGCUCACAGUAUUUUGGAGACAGAUCAAGCACGGCUGGACCAUGAAGCUCAGAAACUUCAAAGCUAUGUUAAGGAGAAAUCCUUUUUUAUAUCAGAAAAAGGUGUCCUCGCUGACAAGAUCAGUCCUGGUGUGCUUAGAUCCUUAGUAGCGUUAAAAGAUAAACCAUGAUUUGUUAGAUAUGCCUGAUGUGAGGAAGCAAUCAAACAAAUAGGAAAGUACUUCUAUCGAUGUGAACAUUGCACUUUUCAGAGGGGAUGGCAAUGAAGUUGGUUUGGAUCGUCUUUGAGCAGAAAUGUCUGUAGAAAAAGGAGCGUGGACGAAAUUUACCAAUCACUGCUGAUUUUGUUGAUGGCAUUGUGGACAUUGGUUUUAUCAAAUAUGAACAUCAUCUUUGAAUCUAACUCGAGGAUAAACACCUGGUGCUAGACCAUAUUGUAAGGACCCUUUCACCUUACUAAAUUGACUUUCUAUUUGAAAGCAUUAAUAGAUUCACCUUAACAAAUGGUUCAUCAUUCCUGUUUAUUUUAAAAUGUUUAUCUGGGACCAGCGUUAGAUUUUUUUUUUUUAUGUAAUUGUAUUAUUGUUGUUAGCUGAUGAGAUGAGGGGCUAAGAAUAUGGCAUUGUAUGAUACCGAGCUGCUCUUGUCGGGCUUGUUAUUCUCAGUACAAUAAUAUAUAUUUUAUAUAUUAGCUUCUCAUUGUCAUGAA